CUCCUCGCGAUUGGCUGGGUCUCAAUCAAGAUGGCUGCCCACAGCUGAGGAGUAACGCGGUUAUUACAUGUCAACAUGUCACUCCUCCGAGUUCGUGCCUUCGCCAAAUGCGUGGCCCGUCGCAGUUUGUGGGAGGGGGGCUCGGUCCGCGGGGCCUUGGCGCACUGCUGUCCGCUGUGUGUGUCGACGAGGAGCGGCGCGGUCAGACGAAUAUCAGAGUCAGCUGUCCAGCUUCAGAGAAGAAACGUUUCAUCUGUUAUCCCAAAGACAGGAGACGCGAAGAAACAUGUCGUGGAACAGUCUCAGCUGGUCUGCGUGCUUGAGGCCAGGAUCCAGCAACUCCGGACUGACGCCGUUCUAGAUGUCCGACAUGCUGAGGUGCAGUUUGUUAAAACCCCUUCUUCUGGAAGAGGGGUUUCAUCUGGUAGGGGUCCCAAAAGCACAUCUCAGGAGAAGACUGACAUUCCUAAAUCGGGAGCUAAAGGACCUUCUAAAUCUCAGCAAAGCCGCUGGAUGGAAAAAUUAUCUCAGGAGAGAAAAAACAAACUUAAAAAACAGCAGCAUCAUCAGCAGGAAAUUCGAAGAACUGUCAAAGAGAAAGCAGAAGCCGAAUCAAAAGAUAGCAAAAGAAGCUCCCAAAUGCUCCCAGGCACAGCGCAUAAAACAAUAUCUACCACACCUAAAAAAGCUAUACCUCUGCUUAAGACGAAUAGAGGAUUCAUGAAAUUAUCGGAUAAAAUUAGGGCUGCAGUGUCUUCAACAGCUGUUUCCACUGCAGCCACAACAGCUAAAGUGUCUAAGGGAAAGCAGAAGGAAUCGAAAAAUCAGCAACCUAGUGAGGAGAUGCAAAGGCAGGCUGCGAUUGUUGCUGAGGCCAGGGCUAAGGAGCAGGCUGAGGUGGCAGAGUUGGAGAGAAGGCUCAAUCAGCAGGUGACCCAGUGGACCUCCUCUGGUAUCUCAGAGGGCCCAGAAGAGGUCAGCAAAGGAACUGCAUGUGGGGACAUCCAGCUGAGCAUCUGCUCCUACAUGGAGGCGUGUGUGUUUUCGGGGGACAUCGACAGGGCUCAAAGUUUCCUGCUCAGCCAGCACAGAGUAAUGAGUCGACGUAAACAGCUGAACACAGGCGUUUACAACAUCAUGAUGAGGGUGUGGGCCAAGAAGGGGACAUUAAAUCAGAUCGGUCGCUUGUUUAUUCUGUUAGAAGAGGCUGGUCUGAAGCCAAAUCUGGGAUCCUAUAGUGCUGCUCUGGAGUGUAUGGGCCGCAAUCCCAGCUGCUCCCCAAGAGUCAUCACGAGGUGCCUGGAUCAUAUGAAGCAGGACGGCCUGUCUGUGGACCAUCUGUUCAGCCAGUGUGUGUUCCGACAAGAUGAGAGAGACAUGGUGCUGAAGGCCAUUCGUGCGAUCCAGCCCGACUACCAGCCCUGCCUCAACCUGACAUCGGGCGAGCGCUAUUCAUCGCUGGUUCAGGACUUCUACACACAGAGAGCAGACCACUCCUACCCCAAACUGGACUUCACUCAGGACGAGCUCCGGGAGCGUUUCAAACGUCAGCUCAGUGUGGAGCAGGCCUGCACUGUCACCAUCGACUCUGUGGAGGCUGCGAAGCCUGUCACUAAAAACAUGGCCAAAAUGAGGAAGCUGCUGACAGAGAAGAGGAUUCAGUGGCAGAAGAUCCUCCUUCAGGCCCUGUGUGAGCACAAGAUGACCUUGGCGAACACCAACACCAAGGACUACAGGGUUAACCUUUAUCCCUACCUUUGUCUGCUGGAGGAUAGGGAGUAUGUUGACAUCAUGAUACAGAGCGUUGCCCACAUGCCUCCCAGUGGUGAGUCGCUGAAGAUUCUAGCCGGAAAUCUGGGCAACAGGGUUUUUACCAGGUACUCUGUGCGACAGAAAUACCAGAACCAGAUGGUGGAGAAGCUGGACAAAAUUUACAGCAUUUACACCGACCUGCUGGCCAAAGAAACCAAGGAGUAUGACGUCCUUCCCAGGGAGCAGUGGUGUAACCUGGAGAUGGAGCACAGUUCAGGACCAAGGCUGCAGGGAGGCGAGACAAGCUGGCCAUACAUAGUAACUCUGGAGCUGGGCACCUGCAUGGUGGACAUGAUGGUCAAGAACCUCAAAAUUAAUAGUGACGCCCUAAACUCAGCCCACGACAGGAAGCUCAUCCCAAUCCUCUACCACAUGUACACCUUCCGUAGCACCCGACAGAUCGGCUUCAUCAAGCCCCACCCCAUCCUGACCCAGAUGCAACAAGAAGCCAUGGAGACCGAGCUGAUCUUUGACUCCUACGUGAUGCCCAUGCUGUGCCCUCCAGUGCCCUGGACUUCUGUCAAGUUUGGAGCCUACCUGCUGACACCAACUAAGCUGAUGCGCACGCUGGUCGGGGCCAUUCAACAUGAGGUGUUAUUGGAGAAAUGCCAGAGCCUCCACGCAGUCCUCGACUCUCUCAACCAGCUGGGCAACUGUGCCUGGAGGAUCAACAAACCCCUGUUGGAUAUUAUUAUCUCCAUCUUCAAUGAUCGGGGUAAUGAUAAACUAGAUAUCCCUCCUCCCCUGUCAGAGGCCCCUAAAAUAGACCACUUCAACCCCCAAGAUCCCACUUAUACAGCUUCUGAUAAGGCCCAAAUGAAAAGAGAGAUGAUUUCUGCCAAAAAGAAAUGCAGUGAGAUGCACAGCCUGCGUAUGGAUGCUCUCUAUAAACUCUCCAUCGCCAACCACAUGCGAGAUGAAAUUUUCUGGUUCCCUCACAACAUGGACUUCAGGGGUCGGACCUACCCCUGUCCUCCAUACUUUAAUCACCUUGGAAGCGACAUGACUCGGGCCAUCCUUAUAUUUGCGGAGGGGAAGCUCCUCGGUCCCAAGGGCCUGGACUGGCUAAAGAUCCACUUAGUCAAUCUGACAGGGUUAAAGAAGAGGAGCUCACUACAGGAACGACUGGAGUACGCCAACACGAUCAUGGAGGACAUACUGGACUCAGCCGACAACCCUCUGAAUGGUAAGAAGUGGUGGAUGAAUGCAGAUGAGCCUUGGCAGGCUCUGGCCUGCUGCAUGGAGAUCGCCAACGCUGUGAGAUCUCCUGAAUCAACACAGUUCAUCUCUAAGUUUCCCGUUCAUCAGGACGGCUCCUGUAAUGGUCUCCAGCACUACGCUGCUUUAGGCAGAGAUGUGAUCGGUGCCACAUCAGUCAACCUCAUGCCCUGUGACCUGCCCCAGGAUGUGUACAGCGGAGUAGCACAGCAGGUGGAAGAGUUCCGAGCACGGGAUGCAGAGACCGGUCUGAAGAUUGCCCAGGUCCUGGAGGGAUUCAUCAGCAGGAAGGUGGUUAAACAGACGGUGAUGACUGUGGUGUACGGAGUCACACGAUAUGGGGGACGCCUGCAGAUAGAGAAAAGACUGAAGGAGAUUGAUGAGUUCCCCAAGGAUUCUGUAUGGGAUGCGUCCCACUACCUGGUACGACUGGUGUUCAGUAGCUUGAAAGAGAUGUUUACAGGGACCAGAGAGAUUCAGGAUUGGCUGACGGAGAGCGCCAGGCUCAUCUCCAAGUCUGGCUACUCCGUGGAGUGGGUGACACCCCUCGGUUUACCCAUCAUCCAGCCCUACCAUCGCACACGCAUCCAAGUGCUGAAGAGCACCAUGCAACAAAUCAACCUCCAGAUCAACCAUGACUCCAAAGAGAGGCCAGACACAGUGAAACAGAAGAACGCCUUCCCGCCAAACUUCAUCCACUCUCUGGACUCCACACACAUGAUGCUCACUGCUCUCCACUGCUAUAGUGCUGGUCUGACAUUCGUCUCAGUUCACGACUGUUUCUGGACUCACGCUCUCACUGUGGACAGCAUGAACAAGGUCUGUCGGGAGCAGUUUGUGGCCCUGCAUAGCCAGCCAAUCCUUCAGGAGCUGUCCAACUUCCUGCUACACAAAUAUUGCGUCCAGCUUUCGACUGAGGCCAAGAACAUAAAGUACCAGGAGUACAGGAGGCUGAUGCUGAUGCUGGCCAAAGUGCCUCAGACAGGUGAUUUUAACCUCCAGCAGGUGAAAGAAUCCACUUAUUUCUUCAGCUGAGAGGCUCGUAAGGGCAGAGCCAGCGGAGGGAGAUGAAGGGAAUUGACAGCGUGCAGCAGGGGGCUGCGGGCCCCAAGGUCUCCACUGGUUUUGUCUCCCUCAGACAUCAGCACAUUGAUCCAGUCGCGCCCCGCACACCUCCCGGUCCACAGGCUGCUUGGAGCUGCUCGAGCCGCUGGAGGCUUUCACACACAGUGAACCUGCCUGAUUAACUGACUAGUGGGCUGACGGAGGAGCGGGUGGGAUACUCAACCAGGCGAAAAGGGAUGAGGGAACGAGAAUGUUAAGGUUUCAAUCAGUGUAAAGAACCUGUGACAAUGGACGCUUAUAUUCGAGAGAGAGAGAGCAAGAGAGAGAGAACUGUGUUAAUUCCUAGUGAUUGGGUGCGUGCGUGUGCACGUUUGUGUGUGUGUGCUGUGAAAACCACAGAGCGCUGACCCGCCUCUGCUACGAGCCCACCUCAUCAUUGAUCCCAUCACUUACUGGAUGGCAGGAUGCUCUCUGACACAAUGUUGAUGCAUUUCAACUUUUUCUGAAGAAGUUUGAAGAACAGGCGUUUGAGAGGAAAUUACAGAUUUAUACUUCACUGGUAAUGGAAGAUAUGGGACUUCUAUAUGGAUAUGGGAGGGAUGAGUCGAGGGGCUUUUCAUUCUUAUCUUCUUGGAGUGACUAAGCACUUGGCAGUCGCCUAAAAAUAAAAUGAAUGUUUUUCUUAAAA